AUGUCAGACAACAUACCAUUCGAAAUCCAAUCGGAAAUCAUCAAAAGACUCCCCGUCAAAUCGUUGAUUCAAUUCCGAACCGUCUCCAAACCAUGGAAGUCUCUCAUCGACAGCUCUCCUUUCAUAAACAAAUAUAGCAGCCAACACACACACACACAACGUCUGCUUAUAACAUACGAUGACCCAGUUGAUUCAGCGACAACAUAUGUAUCAAUUGCUGACGAUGAUACGUUUCCCCAGCAGAAGGUAUCUUACUCUUUUCCCCUGUUGACAACUAACAACCUUAAAUAUUCUUCCAUAAUCGGUACGUCUCACGGGUUAGUAUGUUUGUACGGCUCUGAUCCUAUCGAUAAGGAAAUCGCUGUUGUUUGCAACCUUUCCAUUAGAAAGGCUGUUGGUGUUGUUAUGCCUGAUCUGCCAAGUGGUAUCACAUUUGGAAUAGUUGUAGGUUUUGGGGUUUGUCGGGAGACUAUGGACCCGAAGAUUGUCAAGAUUACGUAUAUUUCGAGUUGGGACGAUAUGGAAAGUAUAAGCAGCAUCCCGUCGCAAGUUGAGGUUUUUACCUUAAGUUCGGGCGCGUGGAGAGGGCCAUGUAGCAGCAAUCUCCCUCGUAAAUCGAUUCGCUUUAAUUUGGAUUCGGUAGUCAUAGAUGGGGUUCUUUACUGGCUUGCUGCGGAUGGGGUUAAUACGCGUAGUGGUUAUAACUAUUAUAUGUUGAUUAUUUCGUUUGAUUUGACAAGUGAAGAAUUUGGAGAAAUACACCUUCCAGAUAGUUUAGCCCGUGUAGACGAUUAUAAUUUGUCCAUCUCUAAGGUAAGGAAUUCUCUUGUUGUGCUUAGACGCUUUUUGGAUGAUUCAGGUUUCAGUGUGUGGAUGAUGCCCGACGGUGUUCCACAGUCGUUUAUAAGGAUGUUCACUAUUAAAUCACCAGAUUUGUUAAUAAAGGGAUUUAGGAAGAAUGGUGAACCUAUAAUUGAAAUGGUACAACAUCAUCCUGGACAGCGUGAUGGUUCGUUUUUUGUCGCUUAUGAUCCCUGCUCAAAAGACAUCGUUAAUCUUGAGAUUGAUGUAUUUGCCCGAUCAUUUUGUGUGUUUCCCUACAUGGAAACGCUACUUCUGCUUGAUCAGCCAGAUUUUGUUAUUUACGACCAAGGUAAAGCUACAUUGCAAAGCGUUGAGCCAAGUGAUGAAGGUAAAAAUUACUAG